AUGGAAUCUCGUUUGUCGGAUUCCCUGGAAGCCCUUGGAGAAGAGGUGGAGAAGGAAGAGGAGGAGGAGGAGGAGGAAGAUCAGGGAAUGAGCCUGAGGCUGAUCGAGGAGACUGGGAAGGUGCUGGCCAAGCUCCUUUUCCACGGGACGCAGCUGCUGACGAACGUCCAGGUGGAGGCGGAUCUGCGGGAAUCGCGGAGGCGGGAGAAGGAGGGGGAGGAGAAGCGGAAGAGGCUGGAAAGGCUGGAGGCGGAAGCCAAGCAGGGCUCGGAAAAACUGGAGGAGAUCAAUUCCAAGUGGGCGCUGGCGGGGGAUCUGAAGGUCCCGCAGGAGCUGUGGGAGCUGCUGGAGCAGCAGCGGGAUCAGUGCGAGCGGCUGCUGGCGGAGAAGAACCAGCUGAUCCAAGAGCUGCAGCAGGAGCUGGAGGCCAAGGAUCUGCAGUACGAGCAGGCGCUGGAGCAGCAGGGGCAGGAGAUCCGGGUGCUCCUGGAGAGGAUGGAGGAGCAGACCAGGAGCAUGCUGCGAACCUACCGGCACCACGUGCGGCAGACCGAGAAAACGUUCGAGGAGGAGCGGCGGGAAAUGCUGGCGAGCAACCGGAAAAGGUGGAACGAGGCCAUCCAGGCCCACAACGAGCAGGAGCUGCAGUUCCUGCGGGAUAAGAUGGACAAGGCGCUGGAGUUUGAGAAGCUGCUGAUGGAGCUGCAGGAGGAGAGCGUGGAAAACUACGACAGCUUGAGAUUGCAGCUGGAGCAGGACGUGCAGUACCUGGAGAAGAAACUCCAGCAGAUGAAGGGGCUUUACCACCUGAACCAGGUGAAGCUGGAGUACAACCUGGACGUGCUCCGGCAGCUGGACGUGGAAAAUUCCACGCUCCGCUCCCUGCAGAAAAGGAAAAUCAACCGGCUCCAGACGUCCCUCAGCGUCCUGAGGGCCAAAAUGGCCAACCAGGAGAAGAAAUUCCAGGAGGAGAAGCAGAGCCUGGAAUCGGAGCUGGAGCGGAUCACGGAGCAAUUCCAGGAGACUCAGAGCCGCAUGAGGGAUCUGGCGCGCAGCAGCGCCGAGAAAUUCCGGCAGGUUUGGAUGGUGAACGAGGAAGAGGCCAAAGCGCUGAUCCGGAAAACGCUGGACGCCGACCGGAUCAUCCACGUGCAGCAGCUGGGAAUGCCGUGGGAAGAGCCCCACUUCUGGUUCAUGGAGAACGUGGGGCCCUUGGGAGACUGCCGGGAAAAGAAGGAGGCGAUGGAGGUGGUCAUGGCGCUGCUGGAAGGGAUCACGUCUGGAAAAGGGGAUCAGGGAGGGAGGAGCAGUAAGAAGAAAGGAUCGGGACGGGGAGAAGGAAGGAAGGAAAAGCAGGAGAGGCUGAGGGAAAGAGCCACAACCCGGCGAGACGUCUCCAGGGAAACCCUCCUGGAUAUCCUGCAGCUCCUGACCGAGGAGUCGGAAUUCCUGGUGGAAAACAAACUGCUGAGGACCCUGCGGCAGGUGGUGGGACCCAGGGACACGGUGGGGCAGCUCCGGUCCAUCCUGGAGACCCUCCGGGUCGAGGACGAGGAUGACCUGAGGAAACUCCUGGAUUUUUUCCUGUUCUUAGGAUACCAGGGAGCCACCAGCAGCCAGGUUGAGCCGGGAGGAGAAAAUCCCACGGAUCCGGCUCAGGACGGAGGGAAUGGCAGAUCCCAGUUCCAGAGGGACGAGCUCCAAUCCCUCCAGAGCUCCAUCCCCCCGCGCUCCAUUGAAGUGGACAACGUCCUGAAAAUCCUGCAGGAAUUCCUAAAGGAUUUUCCCAAGCUGAGGGACGAAGAAAUCCCCAGGGAGAUUCGGGAGGUCCGGGACAGCUCCAGGGACGCGGAGUACUGGGAAUCCAUGACCCGCAUCAUUCCCGAGCGGACGCUCAAACUUUGGGAUGCGCUUGGAGCCGCGCUCAUGGAAUAUCACAAAGUGCUGACACGGAGAUCCGAGCUGUUUUCCGAGGCCACCACGCUGCAGCGGCAGAACUCGGAGCUGGGAAUUCUGCUGGAGGAAUAUUUGGGAUCUGAAUCUGGCCCGUGAGCUCGGCCUCCCAUCCCUGGGGAUAUUCCGGCCACAAAUCCCACUGGGAUGGAUCUAAACGUGGGAACGGCCGGGAUUUUCCUGGAUUUGAGCCUGGGAUUCCUGGCAGGGGUUAAUAAACCAUUCCCAAACCUGGAUCUGUUUCGUGGAGCAGGGAAUGGGAACAAAUCCCCAUGAUCCAGGGAAUUUUUGGAAACCUGGGAAGUGCCACGACACCAUGGGAUCAGGGAAUCAUCAAAAUCUGGGAUAGGUGCUUAAAUCCCACCUAUUCCAACCUCCCAGGAUUCCCAGGAUGCUCCAACCUUUCCUUGGACACUCCCAGGGAUGGAGCAGGCACAGGAAUUCUCUGGGAAUUCCAGCCCAGC